AUGGGCUCCGUCUCACAUAAUCAAUUUUAUGAGUGUGGAUCCAAAACUUUACCUCAAGACAAAUUCUCGAUCGAAAAGUAUGAAACUCAAUUGUUCCAAUCGCUAAACAGAUUUAUUGGUUUCAUAAAUAAUGCUGAUAAAUCCGUUGGCAGUAAAGAGCAAAACACUAAAUUUUGCAAGACAUCCUCCAAUUUCCUUCGCUUGAAGCUACUGACGAUUUUGCGACAAUGGUGUGAUUGCCCUCAAAAUAAGUAUACCGUAGAAAAUCGAGAUGUUUUAAUCCAAUGGUGGGUGACGCUCUUGAAUUUUUUGAACUCUGACACUUCUCUUCAAAUGGACGCUACCCUUGAGUUCAGCUUAAGCAUAGAAUUGACUUCGGUGUGUCUCGAGUGUGUUAGCAGACUAACGACUAUACUAAUAAUACUACCUAUUCAUCCUCAUAGAGAUAUGGAAGUUUAUUCGCAUCACCUUUUAUUAACCAUUCAUUGCAUAACAAAUAAACUGAUUUUAAUUUCCAAGAACACUAAAAAACUAAGUCGUACAGAGAGUAAUGAUAAGUCAUCUACAAAUGACAAAAAACUGCAACACCUCAACAGGUACUCUUCUUUAUUACGAUCAUUUAUUGGGAAACUGAACGCAUACGCAUUUUUUUAUUUACCGGAAGAGUUACAUUUUGAUACGAUUUUAUUGUUAACCGUUUCUCCGCAGAUAUCUUCAAGUGUUCAAACAUGUUUGUUCCCAUGGAAAAACAGGCAUUAUACAUUUACUAGUGAUCAAGAACAAAUUAUUCGUUCUGAAACAUUUGAAAAUAAAGAUACCAAAUUCUUCAAAAUUAUCGUGUCUUACAUUAAAAACGAUUUUAUACUUAUGUCGUUCUAUUGGCACUACUGGUAUAUUAUACUUCAAUUUAUUAAAAUUCCCGAUUCAAAUUUUGAACUUGGGAAAUCGACAUUACCAUGCAUACCUGGGUCAGAAAUUCUCUUAACGCAUGUAACAACUAGAUUUUUGAAUUCAGAUUUGAACAAAUUCACACGGAUCAUCAAGCAAACACCGAAUCCGAGAAUUGUGAAUGAUAGUUUAACAGAGUCUCAUCCAAAUUUUAGAGCGCUGAGUGGUAAUAACAACGCCUUGAUUACUUCUGAAAAGAUCAAUGAUUACAUAUUUUCCAACUUCAAAACAAUCAAGUUAUGGGAAUGCUUGAGAAGCCUUUCAGGUUGCAUUUCCAAAGAGGACCACUUUGAAUAUCUAGAAAAUAUGCUAUCCUUGCACGAGUCCUCAUUGGUAGAUUAUGUAUCGACUAUUUCAGCAUACGAUUACGUUGCGGCAAACGUCAUUUACAAUAAGAUUUUACAAUUUAUUGUUUUCCAGUUUGAAACUUUACCUUCUUUAAAAUUCAUUCAAUGGGGGCCGUGGUACAAUGGGCUUUUGAGUAUGUUGAAGACUAAAAAUGUUAAUUGUCAGACCGUUUCACUGUUGUGCCUUUUCAACGUAUGGAGGCAUGUAUCUUUUGAAGAACGGGAAGAGAUAACUAAAAGAUUACUCGAAGACUUUUGGGUAUCUCUAACCUUUGACAAUGAAUUUCCUUUGAUUAGAAUCUUAUUCAUGAAAUUGUUGGUUUUCAAAAUCGUUCCAAAUAUUCAAGACUCUAGCCCAAGUCUUCAAGAAUCCGGCGUUAUAAGAUCGUUACCGUAUAAAAAAAUUAGAGAAUUAGAUGAAGAGCUAUCAUCAAACAAAGAAAGCCUGCUUUUAAUGCAGCACUAUUAUUUAAGUGAUGUUGUGGCGCACAGAAAAAACGCUCUGAUUUUCAAUGGUAAUUCACAUUUGAUGAUGGUCCCCCAAAAGUCAAAUACAGAGGAUCAGUUAGUCUAUAAGAUAAACCACGAUAAAAAACUAAGAAUAGAAAAGUUUCCUACAGUUAGUUCAGUGGCAAAUACAAGGCCAAACGUAAUUUUGAAAAAUGGCAAAUACGUUUAUGACGUUUUGGAUGAAAUGGCAAGUAAAGCCGCCUAUUUACUUGCCGAAAAGAAAACUAAACUGAGUUUAAAAAAAAAUCAUAAAACUAUAGACGGUAGUGAAGACGAUCAGGAAGGCGAAGGUGAGGAUGAGGAUGAGUAUCCAGAAGAUAAUGGUACCCGUAAGAAAAAGACAAAGGAACGUAGUAGCUCCUUAUCAGCAACGUUCAAUUCCUGGCUAUCCAAAUUCUCUAUAGCUUCAGAAGAAUCACAGAAGAAAAAGGAGCGGGAAAGUGAAUUGGAUAUUGACUUUGGGGAUGAUGAGGAUAAUAUUGAUUUCUCAAAAAAUACACCAAAGAGGUCAUCUAGUAAUAUUUUUAAACACGGUAACCAUUCAGGGUCAAUAACAUCCUCUAAUUCAAGUGUCAAACUCAACAAGGUGCGGGAGAAUACAUUAAUUGGUCCACCAGAACUAAGGUAUUCCAACGAAAUUAAAGAGUAUAAUAGCAUUACGACGAUAUUCAAGCUGGUGUUCAUUCAAACCAAUAGAAAGAUGGUUGAAAAAAUAGAUAUUGCGAACAUGAAAUGGGGGACCAUCCACGGAGGCAGUAAGUACAUGAAGCCUCUCCCCGUUCCGAAGGACAUGAUAGUUGUUAAUUCCGGUAAAAAUGAAAUUGAGACGAAUGACCUCAUUUUAGCUGAUGGCAAGGAUCUGGAUAUUGAAUUACCGGUACCUGACUUUAGUAUAUUUGGUGAGCGUAAGGAACAUGAGCACGAAACACCAGUGAAAAGUGCUCCAAAUUUGGAAGAGUCGGAAGGUUGCAGCGAGGAGGAUAUUGUGGUUUGGAAACAGAAUCAAGAGAUGAGGUUGAGGACGAGAAUACAAAAAAUUUGUGUUGUCAUUGAGACGUUCAAUGCUACAGUAAGAGAAUAUUUCGAUUUUUCUAACAGAUUGGAGCAUGAAAGUAUAUUUAUAGAUUUCGAAGUUAGAAAGCCUAGUAGCAAUAGUUCUAUUAACAUUAAAGUCUGA